CUCACCAUGUCUUCUCAAUCUACCGCCUCUCCUCAGGAUCAACCCAAAUCGAAAAAGAAAAUCAAUCGAUCCUUGGCCAGUUGUUUGGCUUGUCGCUCAAACCAUACUCAAUGCGAUCGAGUUGAGCAUAUGCACUUCUACAGUUGAAACCCUACUUAAAUUUAAUUGUCACUUUGCUUAUCUUUGCCACAAAUUUUAUCACAGAUCAUACCAUGUGAAGCUUGCCAAAAGCGUAAGAGUGAAUGUAACUACCAUGGUGCAAGGCCUCCGUCAAUACCGUGAGCAAGAAGAGCAGUAUGUUCGAGAAUUGGAGCAGAGAAUCCGUGUACUUGAACAGGCUAAAACGCCCUCUCCUGUUAACAAAUCUACCACUCUGCCUGUUUCGAUUGACUUUGGUCUCGAUGAUCUCACCCACAAUCUAAGUCAAAUCACUUUGGGACCUCGCUUACGAGCUCCUAAGUCUGAAUCUCAACAUAAUUUGCAAACCGACAUAGAGAGACUCAUCGCGUACUCUAUAAGGAAUCGCCCCGCUGUCUUUUUCGCCGAAACCUCUUUCAAAAUGAGUUUGAUCCCCAACGGACCGCCCACGACAAUCGAAAGCUUGCGAAAAAGUCUACCGUCACCUGAAGAGCUCGCCGAAUUGGCGGUGUACUUUUUCUCUUACCGGAAUCCCUCAUUCCCUUCUAUCGAACCGUCAAGUUGGCCUGAUGCGGUACUCCUUUGCUAUGAUCUUCACAAUGCCAAUCAAAUUUCACCCGAAGACAUUCAUCGCUUUGCAGCAGUCCUCGCCGUGGCGGCUCAUGGACUCCUGCACAAAGCUAGAGGAAACAUCAAUGCAUGGCUCACCCCACAUGACCAACAACAGAUAGCUCGGGCCCAUCGCUGGUUUCAUCUUGCUCUUGGUGCGCUACAACUCGAAGAAGGCGCCAUUUUCACCCGUCCCACCGUUUGGGGCAUCCGCGCCAUGGCUCUCCUAGCUACUGCAGAAAUCUCGUACGAAAAGGUUUCAUGA